AUGGACCGGACCAGGCAGCAGCGGGCGCUGGCUCUCCUCCCUGUCUGCCUCGCCCUCAUCUUCUCACUCACGGCCAUGGGCAGCAGCUACUGGUGUGAGGGGACCCGGCGGGUGGCAAAGCCGCUGUGCCAGGACCACCCAGGGGGGCUGCACUGCAUCCACUACAGCAACGGCCGCAGCGACAACGGGAGCCAGGCUGUCCAGUACAUUUGGGAGAUGGGGGACGACAAGUUCAUCCGGCGCUGGUUCCACGUGGGGCUCUGGCAGUCGUGCGAGGAGACCCUUGGCAGCACAGGUGAAAAGUGUAGGAGUUUCCAGAGUGUAAUACCAGCUGAAGAACAAGGUGUUUUGUGGCUGUGCAUCGGGGCUGAGGUGCUGAAUAUCCUUCUGACGUUGACAGGUGCCAUCCUCCUGGGCUCCAGAGUGAGUUAUCACAGCUCUGGUUUCCCCUGGCUCAAGACGGAUGCCUCUGUAGCCAUCCUCAUGGUGCUUGCAGGGCUUCUAGCCAUGGUGGCCCACAUGAUGUACACAACCAUUUUUCAAAUCACUGUGAACCUUGGACCGGAAGAUUGGAAGCCUCAGACGUGGGACUAUGGCUGGUCAUACUGCCUCGCGUGGGGUUCGUUUGCCCUCUGCAUGGUUGCAUCAGUCAUGGCCACGAGCAGGUACACAGCAGCCCGCCUGGAAUUCACAGAGAAGAAAAGAGUACAGAAGGGCAAUCAGCUCUCUCAACACAACUUCCAGGAAUCCAAGGCUUCAGAAAGUGUUUGGGAAACAGAAACUGCUCCCAGCCCUGUUGCAAGUGCCCUCAUCAGUAUAACUGAGCCCCUGCCAUCAGAUGCCCCAGGCAAGGUGUCCAUGUGCUAG